UGGGAAAACCGAAGAAACGAGAAGGCCUUCAUAGAAGAACGGCUGGAUCGGGCCGUGGCAAAUAAAAAAUGGCUGGACUUAUACCCGAAAGCCCUUGUGAUGCAUCUGGAUGAGGUGGCUUCGGAUCAUCUACCGAUCCUAAUCGAUGUAGAGGGAGAACGCGAGAUUGACAUCAAAUGGGGGAGAAACUUUAGAUUCGAAUCUUUCUGGGCAAAGGAGGAGGAGAGUAGUGCGAUUGUGAGCAAAGCUUGGGAACAAGCGGGAGUCGAUAGCUUGGAAGAGAGCCUAAAGAAGUGUGAAAAUGAACUGACGAAAUGGAGUGCAGAGAAAUUUGGUGAGAUUCCAAAAAGAAUCGCCCAGAUUCAUAGAGAAAUCAAGGAGCUGAAGACUCGGAGGAGGAACCCAGAUUGGAGAUCGAAGAAAAGGGACCUGGAAGUUGAGCUACAGGAUCUGCUGUACAAAAAUGAACAGAGAUGGAAACAGCGAUCAAGAAUGGAGUGGUUACGAGAGGGGGAAAAGAACACAAAAGCUUUUCAUGCAAAGGCCACAGAGAGAAGAAGGAAAAACACUAUAAGGAAGCUGAAAGAUGAAGGAGGAAGACUGCACAGAGGUCAGGAAGAAGUAACAGAGUGUCUUACCACGUACUAUGGAGACCUAUUCGAGAGCAAAAUUGAUGGAGUCGGUUGGAGCGUUAUUAAUGCAGUUGAGAGAAAGGUCACAGAAGAGAUGAAUCAAAGGUUGAUGAGACCAUUCACGGCAGAUGAGAUUCAGACAGCUCUCUUCCAGAUGGGAGCCACAAAAGCGCCAGGAGAUGAUGGUUUCCCACCCUUGUUCUUCCAGAAGAACUGGAAUGUCCUGGCUCCAAAAGUCACGGCUGAAUUGACAAAUUUUCUCCAAGAAGGAAGCUUCCCAGAAAGCCUCAACAAGACUUUAAUCGCCUUGAUCCCUAAGGUAAAAAACCCUGUUUCCCCCAAAGACUAUAGGCCAAUUAGCCUUUGUACUGUGCUCUAUAAGAUAUUUUCUAAAACUAUUGCUAAUCGGCUGAAAGGUAUCCUGGAUAACUUGAUAUGUGAAUCCCAGAGUGCUUUCGUGCCGGGGAGGUCCAUAGUUGACAACGUGAUUGCAGCUUUUGAGUGCUUCUUUACCAUGAAGAAGAAAACAAAAGGUGAAAAAGGCUACUUGGCUCUAAAACUCGAUAUGGCGAAAGCCUACGAUCGAGUCGAGUGGGGCUUCCUUGAACGAAUUAUGAGGAAACUUGGCUUCGACGAGAAAUGGAUCAAACUGAUUAUGUCAUGUGUUUCUUCUGUAUCCUACGCAGUUCUGGUGAAUGGUCACAAGUCUCACUUCUUCAAGCCGGGGAGAGGUUUGCGUCAGGGAGAUCCGCUCUCCCCAUGCCUCUUUCUUCUCUGCUCAGAGAGGUUGUCAGCAAUUGUGAACAAGUAUGAGAAAGAAGGAAAAAUACAUGGAAUCAAAAUCAGUAAUAGAGCCCCUGUGAUUUCACAUUUACUCUUCGCCGAUGAUUGUGUCUUGUUUUCCAGGGCAAAUAUUAAUGAAGCAAGGAGGUUGAAGGAGAUUCUCAAGCUGUAUGAAUCCGAAUCUGGACAACUGGUGAACUUCACCAAAUCUGAAAUUUAUUACAGCAGCAACAUAAAGGAGGACAAGAGAAGAGACCUGUGUGCUGAUAUGGGAAUUAGAGAGGUGGAUAAGCUUGCCAAGUAUCUUGGUCUUCCUACGAUGAUAGGGAGGUCUAAGAAGGUUGUUUUCCAGCGUCUACAGGAAAGGUUUAGAAGCAAACUUACAAACUGGAAGAGUAGAUACUUCAGUGAUGCAGGGAAAGAGAUUCUGAUAAAGAGCAUUGCCCAAGCCCAAGCUACUUAUGCAAUGUCGGUCUUUAGAAUUCCUGAGGGGAUAAUUGAGGAUCUCCAUAAACUGAUGGCAAAUUACUGGUGGGGGCAGAAAAGAUCCGAAAGAAGAAUACACUGGAAGAGAUGGGAGAAGCUAUGUAAAAGGAAGGAAGAGGGAGGAAUGGGAUUCAGGGAUCUAAGAAUUUUCAACAAAGCGAUGUUGGCAAAGUAGCUGUGGAAUCUUCACACCAGACCUGAUUCACUUGUUGCGAGACUCAUAAAAGCAAAAUACCAUCCAAGAACGACAAUUCUGGAAGCUAAAGUGGGUUGGCGUCCUAGCUAUAUCUGGAGAAGUUUGAUGUGGGCUCAAGAUCUUCUAAAAGCCGGGUGCAGAUGGAGAAUAGGAUCAGGGGAGGAAGUCAUAAUUUGGGGAGACAGAUGGGUUCCAAAUCUGGAAAAUUAUGAAGUUUUCUCAUACUGCACUUUCUUGGAAUGGGAUGCUAGGGUGUCCAGCCUAAUUGAUCAAGAGUUAAGAACGUGGAGACAGGACCUGUUGGAAAUCAUCUUUACUCCUGAAGAAAGACAAGCUAUUUUGGCAAUCCCACUUUCCUCUAAUAGAGAUAAGGAUGUGCU